CAGGCGCACUCAGUGUGAGUUAUUGCAGCGUUUCGACCGACGUUGUUGCUCUCGACAGCGGGAUAGACGAAGUAGUUCUAGCCUUUUCUUUCAUCACUUUAAACCGCAGGCUUUGCUUGUACAACUGUCAGACUAUUCAGUGAUACAGUAGUGGGCUUCAUUAGUAUACACAUCACUUCUAAUAAUGCCUCGGGGUGGGAAAAGGGGCCACAAGGGCAGAGGGAAGCAAUUCAGCAACCCAGAGGAGAUUGACCGACAGAUGAAAGCGCAGAAAGAGUUGGAAGAAAAUCCUGAUGCAGUGAAGGAGGGCUCUGCAGACUCCGACGACGAGAGCAGCAGUGAUGACGAAUCUGACUCCAGAAAAAGGAGUGGCGUGGAGGGGCUUAUAGAGAUUGAGAACCCCAACCGUGUGUCUCAGAAGAGCAAGAAGGUGGCUGAAUUGGACGUCAGUGCUCCCAGAGAGCUGUCUCGCAGGGAGAGAGAGGAGAUCGAGAAGCAGAAAUCAAAAGAACGCUACAUGAAGCUCCAUCUCGAGGGGAAGACUGAGCAGGCCAGGGCCGACCUGGCUAGACUGGCCAUCAUCAAGAAACAGAGGGAGGAUGCAGCCAAGAAAAGAGACGAUCAAAAGAAAGAAAAAGAUGGCGAAGAACCCAAAUCAAAGCGCUAGUCGUCCACCUGAAAGCUUCAACAUGCACUUCAGUCUCAGAGGGAUGGAGAGAGAAGGAGAUCUGGAGGAAGAAAGCGGGGAGGGGGACCAGUACAAAUGACAUCAGAUCAGGGGUGCUCCUGAACUCCUGUCCCUCAUUUCAAAUCAGAGGGGCGUGGGUCUUCCAUAACAGCGUGGUCAGGACGGGGAAAACGGGUGGACUAAAGUGAGAUGAAGAGGAAUGCAACAUUUGGGAUGCCUCUAGUUUUCUUCCUCAAAUGGAGACAAUCGCAGGUUUUCCAAGUGCUUCACUGCCUCUUUACUCUUUGCCCACCCACCAGGGUUUUAAUUCUGAAGCUGCUAAAGUUAUUUCUUUCGAUUCAUAAAUUUUUACAUGGUUACCUAAUACAAGUUUACGUGAAGACUGAACAGGUAUUACAGUGAGCGUGCAUGGGGAUAUCUUUUGGUGCUUUGCUUCUCCUUCCAUCUCGCCUGUUUUGUAAGAAGGCAAACCAGACGGAGAGAAAGAACAUUCAGAGGAUGAACGGAUCUCUAGGAAUCAUACGAUGUAGUUUAGUAUUUGUGGAUAUGUUGCACAAGACAUUGGUAUAAUUUUCUAAAGAUUUAAGUUCUUUUUCCCAUCAUCCAAACAUGAAUAUUCUUAUUUCUCUGCCAGCUUCUUUUUGUCCCACUAUUGUUUUUGCCAUGUUUUGACCCCCCCCUUUGUUUUUCUCAAUUGGAAAUUCAGUCUGAAGAAAAAGCUGUCCGCCUACCACAGCAUGUCUAGAACGUAGAACACAUUUAGUUUCUUUUUGCUUUUUUCACGGAUCUUUUCCCCAAAUUUAAACUUUGCUCGCUUGAAUCCUCUUAUUGCCGUCAGUUCAGAAGUGUUUCAGAAUGUUUUUUGUGAUCCUUUGCUCAAAGCACCUGGAAUAUUACUUGAAUUGCCUAAAAUAAGCAUUUUUAAGUUGUUGAACAUCAGUGCUGGAAAGCAUUGUCUCAAACUGCCUCAGUAACCGUGGCCUUGCCCUGUUUCUGAUGGGGUCCUCUGUGGUUCUGUAGGAGGGAUUGUGUCUUUUGUUGCCUUUUUACAAAGUUUACACUAAGACCAGUUUACUGUCUUUCUCCUGUAAUUAAAGUCCUACAAAGAACCUACACUGAAUUAGUUUGUUAGGUACACUCGUACAUCAGCACCACUUAAUUACAGCUCAACUCGACUGAAACGCAACAUGUUAAACUUCCCAAAGAGAGGAUUUACUGCAGGUCCGUUGUAUUGUUUGGACGGUGUGUGUGAUAACCUGGUGACUCGGUGUGGGGGGGUUUGAUCAGGAAACAGUGCUCCCUAUAACAUGGAACUAGCUUAAAGAACAAACCUGUUGAAACCACAAAGUGAGAGAAAUGUAGCCACAGCGUAAAAAUUGAUUCCUCAAGUUUUCCAUCAUGUAUUUGAAGUCAUUUUUAAAAAUAAAGUCAUUAAUAGAUAAGUGACUAUCUUGUGUUUUAUAUUCAAAGUGUUUUCAAGAAGCUCGAUCCUGAAAGUGAUGGCGGCAAAUACAAGCGUUUCAAAAACAUUAAAUAUUGCAGAAGAUUUGUUUUA